AUAGAAACAAACAACGAUCCACAUGUAAACAGAGAAACACAAACAAUGUAAACCUCAAACAACAUAUAUUGCACAUUACUCAUAUUGCACAAGAACUAUCCAAAAACAGAAUAAAUAAAAGAUAAAAUAAGAAUAAGAACACCAUGACGCUAUUGCACAACCCUCAGCCUCAAGAAACAUUAUUUAAAAUUUAAGAUUUUGAUGGAGGUGCACAAACGGGUUCUUAAAACGGUUCAGUUUGCAUCGAGGGGCUCUGUAUCGUCUGCCAGAUGGUUAAGAGCUCAUACUCAGAGUGGAGGAUGUGAGACGGGUCCUACAAUACUCUCUGUGCUCGCCAAAGAACAGUCUACUCAUAUAUUGACUGGAAGGAGAGGUUGUCAGUCCUCCCCCCUAACCUUCAUGGCAGUCUGAACCAGACGAGCAAGCUGAGAUUUCAACUGCUCAGAGAGGUUGCCGUACCACGCCGACAUCCCAUACCUCGGGAUGCUCUCCAACACAGCCUGGUAAAAUGAAAACAUGAUGUUGUGAUCUACUCCAUCCACCCUGAGUCUGCGUAAGAAAGUACAGGAUUUACAGGAUUACAGGAUUCUUGCUGGGAUUUACAGCUGAAACCAGAGGGAAACGACUACACAGAGCCUGCCCUGCAAGGAAAGCCUGAAAUGUUGCUUUGACGGAUCAAGGUCCAGAUGAUUGCAUGGUGGGCUAACUAAUACCUGCUGUUAUGGUCGUGUGUCAUUGAAAAGGAGAAGAGCUUUCAAGCCUCGCUGCAUUUCUCUGUGUGAAUGCAUGACACACGUUUGGGCAUUUCACAUCUGGAUUUCACCACCAACACCAACUGUCCGUUAUCAACAUGUCACAUCGCUGCGUUCUGGCCGUGGUCGUCCUGGCCUUCGCUGCAGGGCGGUGCAUGUGUGAUGUUGGGGAUUUCGCUCCAUGCCUGCAGUUCUUCUAUAAGUCUUGGCCUCCUAAAGGUCUGGCGGGGACCCCGAUCUGCCAACGUCAUAUCAACCAGUACGUCUUCGCCACGCUGUACUGUCGACCACGCCGCUCUCCGUGGUUCUCGGCCUAUUUGUACUCUGCACCAGCAGGAAAGAGACCCACUGCAUCCUGGAAGUUUGAGCCACAGCUGGCGUACCCCGGAGCCGAUGGCAACAUGAUCCCCUUCCCUCCGGGCCCUCUGGACCAGAACGUGGUGGACAGCCAGGCGGUGGAGCCGGACUACAUUAACUCCACCUACUCUCGAGGCCACUUGAACCCCAGCCUCCACCACAAGAGCCACGAGAACCGCUCCGCCACCUUCACCCUCACUAAUGUGGUUCCUCAGAAGGCGGGCUCUAAUGACGGGCCCUGGGAAGACCUGGAGCAGACUGUCAACAGAACCUUGGGGGCCUACUGUCUCGGAGAGGCGUUCGUAGUGACUGGAAGCAUCCCGUACCAGAACGACGAGCACUGGCUGCACAAUCAUCGCGUGGCGGUGCCUGAGUACAUGUGGUCCGCCUACUGCUGCCCAAACUACAACGACAAUCUCCCAGAAAAACUGAAGGAUGCUUUUCCUACGUACGCCGCUAUCGGCCGCAACGACCGCAACAGCACCGAGGAGAUUGUGCCGGUUGACAAGACGGCUAAGAAACAGUUCAGAGGUUACGAUGUGAGACGAAUGCCACUGGAAACACUCGAGAUGUAUCUGAAGGACCGGUUCAGUACUGUCGUUAGUGUAUUUUAUGAGCAGUGCUCUGGAUCAGACUGAUCCUGCAGACACGAACACACACUGAUUACAUCGGUACAUUAAUUAGAUCUUUGAAGUGUUGAUGCUAAUGUCAUUUAAUUAAAGCUGAAUAUGCAUACAGUACUUUCCAAAAGUGUUACAAAUGGUUUAAUCUGCCACCGCUAUGGUUAAGGUUUGGUUAGGUUUUGGUUAAGAUUGUAAAAGAAGCCAACACUGACUGUAAAGGACUGUAAGAUGUUUGUUUCAGGAAGAAAGGCAGCGCUCCAGUGGGAACAGAAUCAUCAUGUUGGUGUAUUUUAUUGACAGUUAAUGGACUGACAAAACUGCUGAUGUGUUGCUUUUACAUUUUGGGAAAUGCACGUGCUAAUUUUCUUGCCGAGAGUUAGACGAGAAGAUUGAUACCACUCUCUACUUACAUGACUGGUAUCAAUCUUCUCGUCUAACUCUCUGCAAGAAAAUGAAUACGUUUACUUCCCCGAAUCUCAAACUAUAUAGCUUCUGCUGACUGUACUCUGCAACUGGAGAGAUUUUACCACAAAACAACACCAGACCUCAUUAUCUUCAGUCACAUAUGAUAUUGGUAUCAUAUAAAAACUAGAAAACCUAAUGAAUCCAUCGGUACCAACCAUGUCAUACCAGCUUGACGUAAAGGAUGUUAAAUAACGCUCUAAACUUACACUAAAUUCAGGGGUCCCUUG